AUGUCAAAUCUAAAAUUGAAGGAGGCAGCCCUCAUCUAUCUUGACAGAAGUGGAGGUCUCCAAAAGUUUAUAGAUGAUUGCAAGCAUUACAAUGAUUCAAAACAAAGUUAUGCUGUCUAUCGUUUUAAUAUUUUAAUAAAUCCCUCUGAUGUUGUUGAAUUAGAUGCUGAGCUUGGAAAUAACAUUUUACACCAGCCUUUGAAAGCUGCUCAAGUUUUUCAAUCAGUCUGUUUUAUUGCUGUUAAGACUCUCUCAUUAAUUGGACAAUUACAGACUGAAACUCAAAUUAAUAUAGUGCUGAAAUUAACACAUUUACCUCCUCUGCCAAGUUAUGGUCUUGAUCUUUGUGAGUUUCCACUUGAUUAUACAUCUCAGAGAUAUUAUAUGCUGCAAGGAAUUGUGAUUGCAGUGACGACAGUAACCAAGUACACACAAGGUGCAAGAUUUCUUUGUUCAGAUGAAGCUUGCCCUCUUUCAAAAGGAUUUCAGUAUAUAAGAGUGCAUGUGCCUGGUGCUACAGAAUCUGCUACAAUAAGAAAUGACUUUUUGUGUGAUCUCUGUGCCUCUUCACUUCAAGAAGACAGAAAAUUUAGAGUACUUGGUGAUAAACAGAUAGUUGAAAUAAUCUCCACAAAGGCACUUCAUGCUUUUCAAGGAUAUUCCAACAACCAGCCAUUUAGGUUUCAAUCUCUUACAAUUUUCCUAAGAGAUGAAUUAGUGAACAAAAUGAAUAUAGGAAAUGAGUAUAAAAUUAUCGGAAUUCCAACCUGUGUAAAAACCUCACAAACUGCUGUGUGUAUAGAAGCAAAUAGCAUCACUUUUUGCAAUCCAAAAGUUCCCUCAGGAGUUAGUGACAACUUCAGAUGUCUCCUCUCCUUGACUUCUAGCUCAUGCUGGAAGUUUACAGCAAUACUUGCAAAUAUCUUUGCAACACAGAUUGUUCCUCCUGGGACUUAUAAUUUGCUCAAACUCUGUUUGUUGAUGAGUCUAGUACAGACAAGUGAUCGAAACAAGGAACAAGAUUGUCUGGAUAUUUUAAUUGUAACAAGUGAUACAGUAAUUAUAGACAGGCUUUUGAAUUUUAGCAUAAACCUUGUUCCCCGUGGUAUACGCCAUAUAGCCUCUACUGAAAUCUUUCCUACUCUAUCCAGGAAUAAAUAUGGAACUGGAGCAGUUAGCAUUCAAGCUGGCAGUGCUUUGCUAGCUAAAGGUGGUAUUUGCUUUAUAGGAGACUUGGCUUCGCACAAAAAAGAUAAACUUGAACAGCUUCAAUCAGUUCUGGAGAGCAGAAGCAUUAGAGUAUACAUCCCAGGGAAGAAGUUUGGGGAUGAUAUCGAUCAACAAAUGACCUUUCCAGUUCAGUGCAGUUUUUGGUCUUUUGUUGAUAUGGAUUCAUCUUUAAGAAGAAAUGCACAGAAAACCAAUACUCUAAUUGGUCAAAUGGAUUGCAGUUUGAUUCCAGCUAACCUGGUAGAGGCAUUUGGAUUAUUAAUUAACUGCAAUGAAUCAUCAUCUUGCCAUCCACUUUUGCCUACUGUGCAACAUACUUUAAAGAAAGCCAUUGAUCCUGAAGGGUUGCUUUACGUAGCUUCUAAACAGUUCACAACUGAAGAUUUUGAAAAGCUACUGGCUUUUGCAAAGAAUUUGAAUGUAGAAUUCAGCUUGGAAGCAGAAAGAAUGAUUCAUGGCUACUACCUAGCAAGUCGCAGAAUCAGAACAGAUUCUGUUUAUGGAUCAAAACUGUCAGCAUCCGCAUUAAGAUAUUUAGUUUCCCUAUCUGAAGCACAUGCUCGACUGAACUUAAGGAAUAAAGUGCUCAAAGAAGAUGUGCUAAUUGCAGCCUUAUUAUUUGAAACAUCUCUCACAUUGAAAUAUGGGACCUCCAUAUUUUGUGUUGCUCCAAAUGCACUAUUUCCAUUUGAUCUGUUUAACGAAGAAUAUUUAGAGCAAAGGGAUCACUACCUGACCCGGUGCCAACAGCAGCUCCAACAAUUUAUUGCCACAUACGGACCUGGGACAGCUGUUUUCUCUAGUGAUGAAUAAGGAAUUCAAGGACAUCUUUUUUUCUUCACUCCUAUUUAAGCAGCUUUUAAAAUAAUGCUUCAGAUAUUACAGGAUAGUAUUAGAAUUCCAUAUUCAAAAAUGUAAAAUAGGCCAGCGCCGGAGCUCAA